ACGCUGGAGCAGCGUCUGCUCUGUCGUUGGAGUCCUUCAGUCUGCAGCCGCUGAGGUCAGCCAGAGGACCGGCUCAAAACCACCGGGAGAGGAGAGUCUGUGGAGGAAACCUCUAAAUGUCCAGCAGAAUGGUGAAGAGGAUAAGGGAGCUGCCAAGUCAUGGAUAGAUCGCCACAAUGACACAUGAGACCCUCACAAACUCCCAGCUGUCUGUCAAGGCGGCUGCCCUGCGCAUGGUUGACCUACCGCUGUCCGUGUACAGGUCUCUGGCACAGGUGAGUGUCAGCACAGGCACCAAGAAGCUGGUGGCCGCCACCGCCUUCGGUGCCGUCUCGCUCCUCCUCCUUGCGCGCCGCUUCCAGAGGAGGAAGGGCAGAAAGAAGGGGCUCUCUCCUCAGUGGGAGCAGGCUGGCUUUGAGUUUUUCUCCCCGGCCGCAGCAGACAACGAUAACACCAGUCAGAACAUCACUCUCUCCCUCAACUCCAAAAAUGGCUACUCCUCUGGUCUCGUUCUCACCACGAGAGACUAUAAAAAACUGUCUGGGUCUCUGCUGAGCCUGGCCUCGGUAAAAAGCAUGAACUCAUCCAGCAGCAGCACCUGUGCUAAUGAAUCCAGCUGUUGGGACAGAGCAGCGGAAGCAGAUAUCUGCAGUUUGGUCAACUUACCCGUCACCACACCUGAAAACCUUUACCUUAUGGGUAUGGAUUUAUUUGAAGAGGCUCUCAGGCGGUGGGAGGAGGCUUUGACAUUCAGGAGCAGACAGGGUGAGGACGAUGCCAGCUGUGCAUCUGUCAAAACUGGAGCCGGAGACGCCAUCGCUGAGCAGGAAAUGGAGGACGCCAUCAGUGCAGAGUUCAUCCACAGGCUGAAGUCUCUGCUGCAGAGAGCUUACAGCCUCCAGGAGGAGUUCGAGGGAGUGCUGUGCGUGUCAGAGCCUUCAUCCCACAGCAACAGCCAGGAUAAGAUGACAGAUAUUUUGGCCAGAGACGAGCUGGACGACGUCUGUCUGAGGGACAGCAUGAGCAUCGCCUCCACUGACUCAUUUGUGUCUGCUGCUGAGCUGUCAGAGCAGAGAGAGCUGAGGAGUGCCUUCGCUCUGGGUCAUCACCCUUUCUACGAGGAGGCGCUGCAGAUGGCCGAGGAUGGAAAGAUCUCCUGCAGGGUGCUGCGGACUGAGUUGCUGGAGUGUCACGGGGACUUAGACUUCCUGGCCAAGUUGCACUGUGUGCGGCAGGCAUGUCAGCUCAUUUUGUGUGAGAGAACGACCAGGAUGUUUCUGGCCGACACGGGAAAGAAAAUCCUGUCUUCCAUUAUCGUUAAAGCACAGAAGAACCCAGCGAGAUUCGAGGAGGUGUUUGAGGAGAUGAUUACCUUCCUGGAUCACACAGAGCACUGGGAAAACACAGAAGUGGAGCUGGCAACCAGAGGGGUGAAGCACUUGAACUUCUAUGACAUAGUGCUGGACUUCAUCCUGAUGGACUCGUUUGAGGAUCUGGAGAAUCCACCAAUCUCCAUCCAGAAUGUGAUCAACAACCGCUGGCUCAACAGCUCCUUCAAGGAGACGGCGGUGGCAUCUAGCUGUUGGUCAGUAAUGAAGCAGAAGAGACAGCACAUGAAGGUUCCUGACGGCUUCAUCGCCCAUUUCUACGCUGUGUGUGAACAGAUCAGCCCCGUUCUGGCCUGGGGCUUCCUGGGGCCCAAGAGCUCCCUGCAUGACUUCUGCUGCUUCUUCAAGGAUCAGGUGCUGCACUUCCUAAAGGAUAUUUUCGACCUGGACAAGGUGCGUUACUGCUCUGUGGAGAGUCUAGCAGAGGACAUGCUCCACCUGCUGCAUCGCCGCUCCGAACUGCUGCUGGCCUACCUGGGAGCCGACUCCCUGCGGCACGUCAACAGCUGCAAUCCCCCGCAGGUACAGCUGGUGCCCAGCGCCCUGCUGGAGGCCCGAGUGCAGUGAGAGACUGCAAACCCCCCCAAACAGACCCGGAGGGGAGGGAGGGUCACCAAACACUAUACACAGACGGAAAUCUCAGCUUUUAUGUUAGGGUGAGUUGACACAAACUGUCGGACCAAAGAAGACUGAGUAGGUAGGUCUGUAGGUCUGAAUGACUCGAUCUUCCACCCACCUGGUGCACAAAACUCACCACCUCUCCCAUCAUGCUCUGCUCUCAUCGCCGUGUACCCGAGGAUUCAUAUAAAACGUACCUGCCUUUACCCCCAGCCCCCUUUUCACUGUGCCAUGGCAGUGCACGAUUUUAAAACAUCAUAGCAAUAAUAAUUGUAAUUUAAACUCUUGCAGUAGAUACUAUGCUGUGUAAAUUAAAGCAUAUUUAUUGCUGUUAAGAGCAAUCUGUGUGUAAAAGAAGGUAUUUUACAGUAUUUAUUUUACUAUACAGCUAAAUGAUGCAGGAUUUAUUUUUUAGACGCUGUAGUUUUAAAUGUAUGCAUCAGUGGAUUUGUGAUCAGCUUCAAACAUAUAGUACGAAUACAAUAACCUUUUAUCAAAUAAGAGAUUUAUUAGAUGUAUUUCUACAUCAGCAAUGCAGAACCAUUACAUGUGUUUUUGUUACAGAGAAGUCAUAGAACGGGAUUUAAAUGUAAAAGAUGUUGACUGGAGUAAUCGUCAGACUUUCUCGUGACUUACUGAAAAGGGAAAGUAGUUUUUUGGCACUUACAAACCUUCCUGCGAUAUUUAAACGAAGCCCGGCUCAUGCAGCCUCCAAGGCCCUUUAAUCUCAUCACACCACCAACUACAGGAAAUAGAAGAUUAUACAUCACUGUUGCUUAACGCUAAAGCUGUUAAAACUAUUUGUGCCACAGUUUGUUUUUUCACGACGGGGCAAAAUACGCAAGAAGCCUUAUUGUCACUGCACAUGUUCGAGCCUCGUCUUCAUCACUGAAACAGUCUGCUCCACCGAUCGGUCACUGCCAUGUACAGGACAUGCACAACAUGAAAGGUCUGAGCAGUCGAGCUACUGCAGGAACAAACCUGUUAAAGAGGAGUUGAUUUCUAAAUGUUAGGUAACUACUUUAGGAGGGAUUGUCGGCUGCAGGUUGUUCCUCUUAAAAGAUAGUUUUGCAUAUUUUGUGAGGCUCAGAUGUACGUUGAAAUCUUCCUAAAGUGAUUCCAAUUUAAGUGGGGGGGACAAAAUCCAGUCCUCAUUCUGUAAAUACGAGGCUACAACAGUCAAAGUUGCUAACUCACUGGUUAUAACUUGUUGAUUUCUGGUCUUCUGAAGACAGUAUACACCAGUGUUUCUCAAACGUUUUACACCGCAUACAACCAAAGGAAUGAUUAGGCUCUCCAUUAUAUUGUUAUAACACAGUAGCAUUAGGCUGACCCUGAUCAGUUGAAGGAUCAGAGAUACUUCGGUAGAAAUGGGGUACUCCUGUUCCACACUGGUCUUCCAAAUAGGUUGUUUGGAGCCCCGAUUGCACAUUUAUAACUGGUCAUUUUACUGCCUCUUAUUAUGUGGCCAUCACACUUUAGCUCGUAACUAAUAAUGGACAUGUGCAGGUGCUACAUACAUGAGCACAUAGCAGGCUGAUACUGACACAUUAUUAAAUUACAUGAAUUUAAAGAGAUUCGACAACCAGUGCAACAAAGGAUUGAGAAAAUAAUUAAUGGAGAGAUUGUUAGUUGCUUUGUUUCCUCACCAAAUUGCAGUGAGUAUUAUAACAUUUGAUUUGUCAACUUAUUUUUUGAUGGACCCCCCCCAUUUCUUAAAUUUGAAUCACAUAAGGAUCUUUUCAGGACCUGUAUUCAGAGACAUGUACUUAUGAGUAUAUUGUUGUAAGACAGACUUGUAAAAUAUGUGAAACUAUUUGAUUGCUCUCAUUUUGGCAACACUGGGAAGAUAAUAUUUUCUUUUUUUUACAUUUGUGAAUUCAUUGUGUAUAAAUUAAGCAAAUAAAAGACUGAAUGUG